AUGUCUGAGGAGACCCGGGUCAUCUACUACCUGGAGGACCAGGAGACCCCUUACCUGAUCCGGGUCGGCGUGCCCGCGCAGCGCGUCACCCUGCUGGACUUUAAGCUCGCGCUGAACAAACAGAACCUCAAAUUCUUCUUCAAGUCCGAGGACGCGGACUUCGGGGUGGUCAAAGAAGAGAUCAGUGAUGAUGAUGCGAGGCUGCCCUGUGUGAACGGACGAGCCGUCUGCUGGCUCGUCUCUUCAGAUUCGUGUCAGCCGGAUUUUAAAGGUGCAGAUAUUCAGUCUGUAGCCACGCCCACCAGCCUGGCCCCGCCCCCCAUCGAGAGGACCGGUGGGAUCGGAGACUCCAGACCGCCGUCCUUCCACGCCACUGCCAUCAGCGGUCAGGAGGAGCAGCAGGGGUCAGAGGUCGAGGUUUCGCCCCGAGAGAGAAGAGAAGCAGAAAAGCUGCAGAAGAAGGAUGUGAGCGGUCGAGGUCGUCAGAACGGACACGCCCACCAACCGGCCAAUCAGAGCGGGGCGGGGCCAACGGGCGACAGCUCGUCAAACCGGCAGAGCAGCGAAUUAGAGACGACGAGCUUCUGCUCCUCUGAGGAAGACUCAGGAGGAAGGUUCAGCCAAUCGACGGAGCAGAGCAGCUCCUCGCCGCGACUCGUCAGGCGACAACGCCGCCGCCACCGGAAACCCAAAACCCAGCGGAUGGAGAGGUCUGUGUCUUUCAGCAGUGUCACUGACUCCACCAUGUCGCUCAACAUCAUCACAGUAACUCUGAAUUUGGAGAGGUUUAACUUCCUUGGUAUCAGCAUCGUGGGUCAGAGCAACGACCGAGGAGACGGAGGAAUUUAUAUCGGCUCCAUCAUGAAAGGAGGAGCGGUGGCAGCGGACGGCCGCAUCGAGCCUGGAGACAUGCUACUGCAGGUGAACGACAUCAAUUUUGAGAACAUGACCAACGAUGAUGCCGUCAGAGUCCUGAGAGAGAUCGUCCACAAACCAGGUCCGGUGACAUUAACGGUGGCCAAGUGUUGGGAUCCGAACCCUCGAGGCUGCUUCACUCUGCCGAGGAGUGAGCCGGUCCGUCCCAUCGACCCCGCCGCCUGGGUGUCUCACACCGCCGCCAUGACGGGGAGGCUCCCCCCACACUACGGUGUUAAUGAAGACAACCAGCUCACCAUCCACAGUGACAUGACAGCCGUUGUCAAGGCGAUGGCCAAUCCCGAGUCAGGCCUGGAGGUCCGGGACCGGAUGUGGCUGAAGAUCACGAUUCCCAACGCUUUCAUCGGUUCAGACGUGGUGGACUGGCUGCACAGAAACAUCGAAGGUUUCAACGACCGCCGAGAAGCUCGUAAAUACGCCGGCAACCUCCUGAAGGCCGGCUACAUCCGACACACCGUCAGCAAGGUUACCUUCUCCGAGCAGUGCUACUACGUGUUCGGAGACCUCUGCGGAGAGUUGGGCAUGAUGUCUCUGCUGGAUCACGACGGCGCCUCCAGUCGAGGAGGAGCAUCCGACCCCGACCCGCAGGCUCCAGCGUCGGGCCCCCCCUGGCCCCCGGCGUUCCCCUACCAGUACCCCAUCCCUCACCCCUACAGCUCGCCUCUGCCCCUCCCCCAGCUGCCGGCCUGGGGGGGGCGAGGGAGUCAGCACAGCGAAGGAAGUCGCAGCAGUGGAUCGAACUGUAGUGACGAGCAGAGGGAGGGAGGAAAAGGAGGACACAGCCAAUCGGAGCGGACCAAAGUGGAAGAUAACACUCCGCCUCCCGCCGGUGACGACUCCGCCGAACGCCCCCCUUCCUCCUCCUCCGGUCUCCAUGGUAACCAGGACUCCCCGUCGCCUCCUCCAGGUCCGGUCUCCGCCUCCCGUCAGUCCUUCCGCCUGGCGAUGGGAAACCCCGGAGACUUCUUCGUGGACGUCAUGUGA